UACGAGUGUUGAAGCAGCUGGCUGUAAGAUGAGUUAUGUGCGCCACACCACCGCCGCAGUCGCCGUCUGCCUGCCAGUUCUUGUGAUCAUCCUAUGGGUGCCAGCAUUAGAGUCUUACAGUAUUCCUCAGCAACAGUCCACACCGGUAUUCGGUGGCAGUUUACAGAUACGACCCAUAGCAUCCUCGAUCGAUCGAGCCAACUACGACGAUAAACAUUACACACCAAGGAAGUUACAAUCGCCCAAAUCGCAACUGUUUAUACCGGACCAGUCACCGGCAGCCGGCAACGGUUUCGUCGGCUCGUCCGAACACGAUGCAUCGAUCGAUCGUAGCUACCGGAAGGUGAAGAAGGUGGUCGUAAAGCAUCGGCGUCAUCCGGUGCCGCGACGAAUAAAGCCCGGUUGGAACCAUCGGAAGCGUCGGUUUAAUCCGCAUGUCUUUACGCCGUUCACAAAAUGGGGCCCGUGCGAUCACUACUGCCACCAGAAGCGGGAGCGGUAUUGCAUUGCCAAGCGCAAAUGUGGCAACCACAUCCAGACGGAGGAACGGAUAUGUCCCAAGAGCAUUUGUGUCCCGCUGCACAUUCCACCGAUCCCGACUGUCCACAUCGAGGAUACGAAGGAGGAGCAUCAUUCAUCGGCACUUCCGCUGAAUCAGUUCACGAUCGUUAACUUCGAUGGACAUGUGCAGAAGCAGUUGCAGCAGCACGGUAAAAAAAAGCAGAAAAUUAUCAUCCAGGAGGAAGACGAGCUGGACGAUUCGGACAGUGACACCGAUUAUGUGGUACUGAAAAGUCCGUCCUCCUCGAAGUAUCCCGCGUUUCAUCGCAAGGAAGAACUCCUAUCGCAGAUGAUCAAGGGCAAACCGCUGCUGAUCAAUUUGGACGAUUUCGACGACAAGCGUAUUCUUUCGCCCACAUUAUCGCUUGCACCGCACUAUGACAAUGGCUAUGAAACGGCCUCCCAUAAGUUUGUAAAGUAUCCCAGACAUCAACAACCGCACCAGUAUCAUCUGCCCCGAAGGCAACCGUCGAAGUUGAGUGAUUAUUUUGAGGAUUAUUACGAUCAUCUGUAUCGUGAUGGGACGGGCUUUUCUAACCGAAAGGGUGAAGAAUAUCCCGAAACUGGCGAGCAGGAAGAAUGGCGUCCAAUUGUUCCAGUGACGAAUGGGAGUAAACAUCCAGGAUCGCAACGGUUAGAUAGGAAUUAUGGUUCCAUUUUUCAACACACUACCGAGACGGUUGAGGAAAAGUUGAUGAAUGAUUCCACGAGUACGCAGAAGUAUAAACAGCUGUUGGAAUCUUUUUCCACUGCGACUACGGACAUGGGCGAAGGUCGCCAUGCGAAGCGUGAAGUUGAGGAAGAAUCAUCCGAAUCGAUCGAAGACGAAGAACAGUUGGGAAGGAUGCUCAAGUCGGGACCUGCGGGCUUUGCGCAAAGGAAAGCACGUGAGAAGGCUGUCUUCGAGAUGCCCCGGAAGGUGGAGAACCCAUACACAAAGUGGAGCAAGUGGACCAAGUGUACGGCCAAGUGCACAACGAGACGGCUGAAACGCUGUCGAAUACCUUCUUUCUGUGGCAACGAUGUCAUUCGAGAAAUCGCAUACUGUUACACGGAGGGAAGCUUCUGCGAGGAGUGGAUCGGGAACCAGCUGUACCAGAACAGUCGCAACAUCAUUCUACCAUCGGCGAUUCCACCCUCGACGACCACUACGACCACAACGACGACAACCACCACAACAACGCCCCGACCCAGCAGACCGAGAAGACCACAUCCGAAUGGAUUAGGCCGAAGCGAUACCGGCAUAUCCCUGCCGUCCACGCUUUCGGCCCAGAUAUUCUCCAACCGCCGCGGUGUACUGCAACCAGAGUACAUGCCACAGCAGCUGACCUGCGGUUUGCCCAUGGUGCGUGACAAACCAAAGAAGAACUAUCUCAACAAUAUGCUGCGAAUCAUCGGCGGUAAAACGAGCCGCCGUGGACAGUGGCCUUGGCAGGUGGCUAUUUUGAAUCGUUUCAAGGAGGCUUUUUGUGGCGGAACGUUGGUGUCUUCCCGAUGGAUUCUAACCGCGGCUCACUGCGUGCGAAAGCGUUUGUUUGUGCGGCUUGGCGAACAUAAUCUUCAGCAAUCGGACGGUACGGAGAUUGAAUUUCGCGUGGAGCUAAGUAUAAAACAUCCCCGGUAUGACAAGAAAACGGUCGACAAUGAUGUAGCGCUGUUGAAGCUCCCGCGAGAAGUGGAACGAUCAAACUUUAUUGGUUAUUCGUGCCUGCCGGAACGCUAUCAGGCCCUUCCAACCGGGCACACGUGUACCAUCAUCGGAUGGGGCAAGAAACGCCACAACGAUGAUGCUGGUACGGACAUUCUGCACGAGGCGGAAGUACCGAUCGUACCGAAUGAACGGUGUCGAGCCGUAUACCACGAUUACACCAUCACGAAAAAUAUGUUCUGUGCCGGACACAAACGUGGCCGGAUAGACACGUGUGCCGGAGACUCGGGUGGACCGUUGCUGUGCCGGGAUGCUACCAAGCUAAACAGUCCCUGGACCAUCUACGGUAUUACGAGCUUCGGUGAUGGCUGUGGAAAGCAGAACAAGUUUGGCAUCUACACCAAGGUGCCAAACUACGUCGAUUGGAUCUGGUCCGUAAUAAAUUGCGAUGGAAAUUGUCGAACGUGAGAGCUCCACUGAAUUAACUUAUUAGCACC